AUGUCUCGCAAACAUUCAAAUAAUUUUAAAAAGUUAUUUAAUUUUACUCGAAAAUUUUCCGAACUUUGUGGUUGUGAUGUUAUAAAAGAUGAUUAUAAACUAGACUGGAGGACUUAUGCAAUUUUCAUAUUAAUCAAUCUGGCUUUAAGCUGUACAGUUUACUCCAAUUACAUUGAGGUAAUUGUUAAGGGAGAUUUAUAUAAUCUCUUGAAAUCAGCAUCUGUAAUUGGAACUGGAGUGCAGGGCUACACCAAAUUAAUAAAUGGUCUCAGGCAACAGAAAGAAAUUCGCUAUUUGUACAGGGAAAUCAUCGAUAUGUAUGAAACAUACGAAUUGAAAUCGUUGGCCUAUAAACAAUCUUUAAAAUAUAAUAUUUCAUUGGUUAAAAAACUGCUGGCCAUUACAUUCGCCACUGUUUUAAUUGUCAGUAUAGGCGUAACUGUGGUACCUUUAUAUAUGUUGAUUUUUCAAAAUAUACGCGUUGAUAUUAUGCCAUUUAUUUUCCCCUUCAUUGAUACCAGUACAGAUUUUGGAUUUUACUUAACAUUUGUCUUGCACAUAAUUUGUGUGUUUUUUGGAACGUAUGGAAAUUUUAUUAUGGAUUCGUGGCUGUUUAUAUAUGCUGCUCAUGUACCGCUGAUGAAGAAUAUUUUAAAAUGUAAAUUUGAUGAUCUGGAUGGUAUACUGGAGGAAUAUCCGAGAAAUGUAGAGAAAUCUGGGCAACUACUAAGUGAUAUAUUUAAAUGGCAUCAGAAAUAUAUAAAUUUCUGCAAAACAAUUAAGGAUACAUUUUUCUGGGUCAUCGCUGUUCAAAUAGGCUUUGAAUUUAUGGGUAUUGUCUGUACAAUUGUUUGUAUAUUUCUGGAAAUAUGGCCACCAGCACCAGCAUAUUUGCUCUAUAUAUCCUGUCUGCUUUAUUCCUAUUGUUCGUUGGGCAAUAUCGUCGAAGUAUCGAACGAUGAUGUAAUUGAUAUUAUCUAUGACUGUUGCUGGUAUAAUUUGACGGUGCCGGAACAGAAAAUGAUUUUAAUCAUGUUGCGGGAAUCCCAACAGGCUACUGGUAUUUUAAUUGGCGGCGUGGUGCCCUUAUCGCUGAAUACAGCUCUGCAAAUUACAAAAACGGUUUAUACCAUGUCAAUGUUUCUUAAAAGCUCAUUAAAUUAA